AUGGCAGAAAUUAUCGGCACUAUCUCUGUGUUCAUUACUCUCAUCGAUACUUCAAUCAAAAUCUACGACAGUGCUCACAAGGACAUCAAAUUAUCGGAGGCAUUCGAAAUUGUUCGACGCCGGCUCUCCUUUAUUCUCCACACCCUCGCAACACGCAAAAGCAGCCUCAAACCGAGAAAAGACUCAAUACCCGAAGAUGUGUGUGAACCCUUGGAGAAUACCCUGGACGCUUGUGAUAAAAAAGCAAGAAACCUGAGAGAAAUCUUUGAGAAGAUCGCACCCGGUCAAUGA